AUGAGCGAGGCCAGAACGGUUUUGGUCGCUCUCAAAGAAUCCGGAGCAGCGGUAUUUGCCCAAUCACUCAAGCCUGAUAGCUUGAUACCCAGUGUUGCAAGGGCUAUCGAGGUGAACGAGUCUGAAGAUGAAAAUGAGCGCAAAAAACGCUUUCACACACCACGACUGGUCUCAAAAGGCGCACAUUUUGCAUACACAGUACCUGAACGUCGUCCUCAUUACAAGCCCAUUCUUACAUCACAAAAAGCACUUGACGAGCUUAAUUUAAAAAUGGACAAGGAGCUCAUGGAUUUGGUGAACGGCGCCAAAGCAUUCAUUGAUGAUCAAAAAGGUAUCUUUCCCUAUAGUAUGGCGUACGCAGGUUUCCAAUUCGGACAAUUUGCGGGUCAACUCGGUGAUGGUCGCGUAGUGAAUAUCUUUGACCUUCCUGACAAAAACGGGGUCACACAAACAUUGCAACUAAAAGGAGCGGGAUUGACACCUUUUUCUCGUUUUGCCGACGGUAAAGCAGUUAUCAGAUCUAGUAUUCGAGAAUUUAUUGUAUCAGAAGCUCUUCAUCACAUCGGAAUUCCCUCAACUAGAGCACUUCAGCUCACAAGUCUGCCUGAAACUCAAGCUGUGCGGUCUAUUAAUGAGCCCUGUGCUAUCUAUUGUAGGUUUGCUCCAUCUUGGAUUCGCCUUGGAAACUUUGAUUUGUGUCGCUAUCGGCAAGACCAUCAAAGUCUGGUUGAGUUAUCAGACUUUUGUAUCCGUGAAGUUUUCAAAAAUGGGCAAGACUUCCCUAAAAGUGUUAGUCCAGAGGCCUUCAAACAUGACUUUUUCCCAGACAAAGACGAGGAAGACUCAUCCACGAACAAAUCAGCGCUCCCAAAUAUCGAAGAUGCUACCAAAUAUGAGUUAUUCUUCCGGCAUGUUGUAAAUCUAAACGCCGAAUCAGUAGCUUACUGGCAAUCUUACGGGUUUCUGAACGGGGUUUUGAACACCGACAACACCUCGAUUCUGGGUCUGGCAAUGGACUUUGGGCCCUUCAGUUUUUUGGACAAAUUUCAACCCCAAUACACACCUAAUCAUGAUGAUGUUGAACGGCGCUACUCUUUCGCAAAUCAACCAACAGCAGUGUGGUGGAAUUUGACCAAAUUUGCGCAGGCAUUGACCACUUUGAUUGGUGCCGGACCAAAACAUAUUGACAAUAUCGUUGACAAAGGAAUCGAUGCUCUCACUGAUGAAGUUCAGGAGGACAUAGUCGGCAGAGCCAAUUCGGUGAUAUUGUCAGCAGGUAAUGAGUACAAGUUCAGAUUUACCGUCAAUUACGCGCGGAUCAUGUCUGAAAGAUUGGGAAUUGACUUGGGGAUACCUCGUCACAUUACAGAUGAGAAUUUGUCCAAGGUCGCUGAUAAAGCUAGUGAAUUUAAUAAGAUCAUCCUGGAACCCCUUCUACAAUUGUUGUACGUUUCGCAGGUUGAUUACAAUAAUUUUUUUGUCAAAUUGCAGGGUUAUCAGGGUUCUUUAAAGAUCAAAGAUGGUGAGGGGUUCGAAACUAUCGAUCCAGAGCUUCUGGGCAUUUUUUUCAAUGAAAGACAGGUCUCUAAAUUGAGGAAGCACGCAGCUGGCGCUCCGGAUGCCGACUCUGGUGAAACGAGAAUACUGGUUGAGUCAAUCGAGACGUUACAAACUUGGAUCCAUGAUUUCACAGCUUUGGCGUCGCCUGAUUCAAAUUCCAGAUACCUUGUCGCUAAAAAAGUUAAUCCACUUUUCACCCCAAGAGCAUUUAUUUUCGAGCAAGUGAUUGAAAGUCUUGCGGUCAAGCAGAAGGACAAGUUAGACGAUCCGGUUUCUUCCAUCGACGUUUCUUAUCUUCAGAAACUCUACAACAUGAGCGUGAAUCCUUACGACUCUGAAAAAUGGGAUGACACACUAAGGCCAGAAGUCGUUUCUAGCUGGACAACGCACGGUGACGACGACGCAAAAUUCAUGAAGCAGUUGUCAUGUUCAAGCUGA